CUUCUGCUCCCCACUGUUUUCUUGCAGGCGAGCGAGUCGAACCAUAACGGAGGAGGGCGACAAUGGCGUCGGCGGCGGCGGCGAAUUCCUACAUAGGUUGCUUCUUGAGCCUGCUGUCAAGGUCCGACAUGCGAUACGCGGGCGUGCUCUGCCGCAUCGACCCGCAGGACGUGGUCAUCGGCCUCGCCGACGUGAGAUCUUUUGGAACAGAAGGGCGAAGAAAGGAUGGUCCUCAGGUCCCUCCUGAUGGCAGAGUUUUCCCGUACAUAAAUUUCAGAGGGAGUGACAUAAAGGAAUUGCAGGUUUUAUCUUCAGAGUCUCAACCUGAAAAGAUUACAUCAGACCUGCCAGAUGAUCCAGCCAUCAUACAGGCUUAUUUCCUCCACUCUUCAUCUGCAUCUGCAAUCACUCCACAGGCCACCACAAUCAGCAGACCCAAUAGCACCAGUUUAGGACUUCCAAAGUUGGCUGACCACCAGAGUCUUUCUCCAUAUCAGCCCAUACAGAACUUAACAUCAUUCAGUUCAUUGCUUUCUAUAAAUACACUUGCUGCUGGUCAGCCCAUGCUAUUUCAUGGGCAAGAAUUUGAUAGGAGUACAGGGGAAGUCCCUUAUCCUCAACAGCAGUUAUUGGCUGGACAGCCACCUGGUCUGGCUGCAUAUCAUAUUAAGCAACCAAUGCAACAUCCUGUAACAAAUCUGCUGACAAUGAGUGUUGCAGCAACCUAUGGAUUAUCUGCUUCUUUGAAGCCCCCUGUUAUCAUGGAUUCUUUGACAUCUACACCAAUUUUGAUUCCCUCAGAUCUGCCAUCGGAUCCUGCUUUAUUGAUUUCGGAUACAAUGCCUAGUGUGGCAAAGGAUUUGUUAAGUUCUGGUAUAACGUCAAUGUCUUCGGCGGCAAAGUGUUCUAGUACUGCUGGUCUGAAUGUUGACCCCAUACCUCAAGUUAUCCAUGGAGAAAACUUUGUCCGAGGGUCUGGGUUGGCUCCGGAAAGUUUGCCUCUAGCUACGUUGCGUAUGAAUGAAUCAGGCAGUCCGAAUCAUAUGGAGAAUUUGAAGCCAUCACUGAUGACCCCUAGUCAAAUUUUACAAACCGGUGCCCAUCCACUUUCUUCAUCUCAUUUUUCUAGAAGUGCUCAUGAAGAUAAAGAGGUCGUUAAAUCUUUGACUUCUGGAUCGCUGCCAAGGGAACCAACAGGUGCUCAGGCACCCAUUUUGCCUCUUCCAAAACCACAUGCCAAAAAGGCGUAUAAAGGCAAUCUGCAGAAUCACAACAGUUUUGCCAGCAAGUCGGCAGAAAGAGGAAAGAUGCAUAAAGGUGCUCCUCAGUACACUAACAAUCAUAAAGCUUAUGGAGAGGGAAAAGGAGAGAAGAUGAGAACAUCUAAUGUACAGAAUCCGAGAGUUGCUGUGAGCAAGGUGGCAGAAAGAAUAAAGAGGAUCAACAGAGCUGAUUCUUGGACUCUUCCAAUCACAAAGACCAAACCAUGGGAAAGGGAAAACAGGAUGACUAAGGCUGAGUCAAGAACCCACCAAAUCACAAGCAAUUCGGGGAAAGGAGGAAAGAAGAUUCCACAUUUGGCUGCCAAAUAUGCCGAGGAUUUUGAUUUCGUGGCAAUGAACAAGAAAUUUAACAAGGACGAAGUGUGGGGUGAACUUGGCAAGCAGAACGAAGCUCACCUAAAGACGAAAGCAGAUGGUUGUGAUCUUCCUGCCGAGGAUGCUGAGCAUGUAGAUGCUGCAAUGAAAUUGGAUAAGAAGCCUGGUUAUGUGAAGGAUGACUUUUUUGACUCACUUGCGACCGGUACACCUAGGCAAAGGAAGCCGAAAAUAUCUGAACAAAGGAAGUUGAAUAUGGAGACAUUUGGGUAUUUCCAGGUGUGCCAAAGGAGUCAUGGUAGCCGAACAUCGAGGCUUGGUGGCAAUUCAAAGGUCAUUUCCAACGGAAGAGAAAAUGGUCAUGCAGGGAGAGGCCGGGCGCAUCCUACUUGGAGUCAUGUCACAUAGGAAACUUGAGGGAUGCUUACAAAUACUGGACACAUACAUUUAGAGCUCAGUACAGGUGAUUGUUCUUUUUCCCUUAGCUUUGGGGUAUAGAGCGAAGUCUUAAGAUAGGGAUUGUUACGUGCAAAUUUGGUUAAGCCUUUUAUCCCCCCCUUCUGCCAGACUCUGAAUCUCGUUGCAUGAUUGUCAAUGGCCCUUAAGACUAGUACAACUUACCAGCAAAUCGGAAGUUUAUUGGGCAUUA